AUGGUCCUAUACCGGAUUAUCGACGAUAUUCUUACGCGCCGGAUCCCCCUUCGGCCAACUCUUGAGGAGAAGGAGGUCAAGGAAGCUGCCCUUGAGGAGGUUGGUGAUAAUGCCUAUAGGUGGCAGCCCUUGGUAGAUUCCCUCACCAAGCAGUUCUGCUCUCGGCUACCACUGAAGGAGGAGUACCAGCGACGCCUGGCACAGUUGCGAUUUGAAGGCACUCGCUCGUGCGAUUCCUUUUUGCGGAAGGUUAAGGGUAUUUAUGUUUUGUAUGGUGAGGUAUAUCCUUCCGAUCGGAGUGAGUUGAAAUUGAUGACCCGCCUUAUCGUUGGUAAGCUCCCUAUGAAUCUUAGGAAGCAUACUGUUGAUAGAAUACGCAGUUGUCAUCAAGCAAUGUCAGGAGGGGUGUGGCAUUUUGAAGAUGAUGUCCACCAGGACUGGGAAUCUCUUCUUCCUCUUUUCUCUACUUCUGGUCCGAGUGUCUCUGGGGCUAUAAGGUCGGCGUGUCGUUCGUUUGAGGACUCUGAGGUGUUGGGCAAGGACCCUACUGUUCACAGUCAUCCUACUUCGUCCCCUGUUAAGGUUGCUCGUAUUCAGGAGAUUGAGAACAUCGAGAAGUCCUGUGUCUCCGUCUUCUAUGGUGCUGGUGCCGACUCUAAGAACCGUGAGAAGGUUAAAGCUCUGACGAAAGCCGAUGUGGUCUAUUGUGGUAAGAACCGUAGAGGGAAGCCGUAUUGUAUAUUCGGGUUCAGUAAGGAGACCUCGAUGCCUGAUGGAGACUUUUCCAACGGCCAGUUUUUCGUUCGACCCUAUCGUUGCCGUCAAUCGUCUGGGGGUGAAGGGUUUCGACUCUCACGAGGAUUGACUGAUAAGAAUUCUCAAGUAGAGAAGAGUCGGGAUGUGGUUGCCCAUGCGGUUACUGGUGGUGGUAUUAUUCCCCCUGAGAUCGUGUUGAAGGCUCAGUUCUCUCCCGAUUCUAGUCCUGGUGAGUGGUAUCAAGUUGAGGCUGUAGUGGAUACUGGUGCUGGACUCUCGUAUUGGCUUGGGAAUGAAGUUCCGUGCGACCCCAGCGAGAAGGUUGAUGUGUCUAUUGUUGAAUUGGCAGAUGGUACUGUAGUCAACGUAGGGAAAGAGAUUCGUCAAUGGUGGACUAAAGUUGAGAAGGGUACUGUGGACUCUCCGUUCAAAGCGAAUGUUUUUCUGCUUGGUGGCGAAGGGAUUCCUGGUGCCCGUAAAGGCCGCUUAGUUUGUGAUUUUAGAUCUGCUAAUAUGUUGUUGCCGGAUGCUUCCAGCUUUGUCCCUUCUACGGCGGCUAUAUUUGUGCGAUUAAUGAUCGCCUCCCCUACCAUUUUAUUGGUGGGGGAUGCAACUGCCGCGUUUUAUCAUAUGUUGUUGUAUGCUGGCAGUGAUGUCUUUGUGAGUGAUAGACUCACGUUUGGAGUGAAUGUGGGUCCAGCUGGACUUGCAUCCUCCCUUUGUGCUAGUGAGGAGGAGUUGGCAUGUCAUUUUGGGAGCGACCUUUUCGAGUUGGUGGUCGAUGAUUAUAUGUUUGCUGAUAGAACCGUGAAGGUUCCUGUCCGUGACCUCUCCCUUUGGCUUAACACUCUUGAAGCUGGUGGUCAACAUACGCCUUAUCGUAAAUUUUCUGCUUUGUCUACUCCGGAACUGCGAGGAGAUUUGCAGAAGGCGCUCUCUGAUCGAGGAGUGACGUGCUCAGUCGAAGAAACCGGGAAGUAUCUCGGUGUUAAUCUUCGAUUUUCUGGCGGUUCCCUAGUGUUGGUAUGUGAACGCUUGGCUCGGCUCAAUCAAGCGGCCGAUAAGGCUGAGGAGAUACUGAAGGCGUCAUCCUUUACUCGACGAGAGAUCUUUGGGCUAGCUGGUCUAUUGGGGGUAGAUCCACUCCUCCAACAUUCUAUUGAUCGAGCCCUUGCUGACGCCUUGAGAAGUGUGGCCGGAAUGAGCUCGGUUCAUCUCUCCUCGUGGGAUGCCUUGAUUCCUAUAGUGUCUUCUCCGGCUAUGUUACCCUUGUUGAAAUGGGUUAUUGAGAGAAGAGAUGUUGCUGGUCUGUGUGCGCAUCGUGUAGGCCUUCCGCUACCAGAAAGAGGCAAUCUGUUGUUGCAGUCUGCGUCCGAUGCCAGUCUUUCUGGGGGUGGCUAUGUUAUCGAUUAUGUGGUGAAUGGUGAUACGACCGUUAUGUUGCGAGAAGAUUCUUGGCGGUGGCGUGCUAGUCAAGUGGCAUGGCACAGCAAUAGGAGGGAGCUGUGCGCCCUACUUAGGUGUCUACAGUCCAUUGGUGAUAUCGUGACCGCCACCUCAGCUUUAUGCCGUAAGUCUAAGGUGUCUUACGAUAUUCGUAUUUCCUGUGACAAUCGAGCCGCGGUAUCAUGGUCUUCUGCUACUACUAUGGGUCUACCCACAGCCCCUAGGAGCAAGUCUAUUGAGAGGCGUGCCAUUAGUCGAUUACUAGGCGCGUGUGCAGAUGAAUGUGCGUCUAUUAGACGAACAGUCCCAGGAUCCACCAUCUCGGUGACGUAUUUGAGUGGAGAGGAUAACCGGGUCGCCGAUAGUUUGUCACGACUUUUUGAACGACAGUGUGAGCUCCCUGAUGGGACUAAAGAUGCGCUCUGCCAAGUUUUACUCCGGUCUGAUGCUGGUAGUAUGCCAUCCCCAGAUGCUCCGAUGGAAGAGAUGGCCUCAUAUAUUGUUGCAGAAGAUUCUGCCUUUUUGGUGGCCGGCUCUGAUGUUGUUGAUUCCCGAGUAUCAGGGGUUCUCGCCGAUAUUAUGUUACGAGGUGAAACGUGUGUGGUAAUUACAGAUGCUGUCUUCUCUCUUCGGUCUUUAUCGAGAGUUGGUCCUGCCAGUUCUCCGUCUCUAGUUGAGUCCAUUGCAGGAGAAGCUUGGGAUCUUUCGGGCGCGCUUACUCUUUGUGGUGUACUCCGGAAGGUUAUCAGGGCGUGGGCGUCCACUGUGCACUGUUCUUCCGAUGAUCUACCAUGUGACGAGUUGGUCACUUUGGUUCGUAGUGCUCAAGGUCUUCUUCCGGAUGAUCAACGGAAGCGGCUAGCUUUCCAUCGUGAUAUAAAGGAUAAGCUUGGGACCGAUGUCUAUGUGUUGGCUUCAUCGGCUCCUUGGGAAGCGGGUCGUUCGAACCGUUUGCAUGGUGUGGCUCUCUCUGUUCUGAGGAAGGCCUUACGUCAUGUUCGUGGCCGUAUACCAGAUGAUGAUGGAGAGUUCGGCCUUCUCUUGGACUAUUUGUCGUUUAUUCUCAACUCCCGCCCAUUGGGACGUCUUGUUGAGAUUGAUGCGAAGACGAGGCCUGUGACACCAGAUUUGCUGGCAUUUGGUUAUGAAAAACAAGUUGGUCCUCUUCGAGUAUUGGGUUUUCCUCUCAAGUGUUUUCCUGCCAGAGAUGCCUUGGCCUUCCGUAAGUAUUAUCUUGAAACCUACUGGCGGUCUUUGCGAACUCAUGUUUUGGAGACUCUUGGUAUUGGUAAACAGCGUCGCUGGUCUCCGUAUGUGGGCGAACCUGUUGCAGUGAUCCGCCAACGUAUGCGUAAGGCGGAUCUUGGUGGUCGUAAGCAAAUGGAGUCAAUCCACAACUUGUGCCCCUUCGAGCAGACUGAUAAGUUCUUCCUACAAGUCCUCUAG